AUGGAGACCAAGGGUAAAAUGCCCGACGGGAUGGAAGGCCCGGAACGAGCCGAAAUCAAAGCUCACAACCGUCUUAUUGAUGACGGCGGUCGGCCCUCGCAUCCUAUCAAGUUGCCUCUAUCGGCCGUGCGCAACUCUCGCGAAUACCGCGACAUCCUAUCGUACUGGCAGAACACUCCCGGAAAAUGUCAGGUUUUCACCAAGCAGCUGCGCUGGUGGCAGAGAUUCCGCGAGUUCCAACAAAAGCAGCGACGCCCCAAUCAAGACUUUGAUCUUUACGCAGAAAGGGUUAUAUCCUGUCUCGCGAAAGACGGCGUCGAGCCCCCGCAACCGUGGCCGCCCAUCUCCUACCAGCUACGCCGCGACAUUAGCCAACAGACUGACGUGGUAACGUGGCUCGAGUGCCUAUCCUUCGCCCACGACGAAAUCAGCCUGCACAAGGAGCGUCUAGAGUCCGGGCGGCAGGGCUUCGACGAGGCCUGGGACAGGCUGCUGUCGACAGGGCUGCUGAAGCCGAGCGAGACGGUCAAGGACAACGCCAGGGCGACACGGGAGCGCUACAUAUCGCGGAACCUGCAAUGCGAGGCCAAGCGGGUACGGCUCGUCGGCUUCUUGUACUCCAAACCCGACGACUUCCACGUCGCCCACCAGCCGCAAGGCACAGGCUGGGCCGAGGCGAUGCAAACGUGGAACAAACUAACGGCCGCGGCCGAGCAAGACCUGAAACGCAUGACCCGGCGCGAAGAGUGCCUGACCCGCUUCUUCGACGCCGCCCGCGACCACCUCGCGCUGCGGGAUUCUGUCGACAACGAAGAGAAACUCGUGCGCUGGGUGCGCGAGCAAGUGGUCGCCUUGAUCGACGCGGCGUGCGUGUCGGCGAAGACCUUCGACCGGUUCAUGCGGCUGCCCGCCGAGCUGCGGAUCAUGGUCUGGCAGCAGUGCGUGCCGGCGCCGCGGUCGGCGCACUUCUUCGACGUGGUCAGCGCCACGACGCUCCGCCGCUUGGUUGCCGACCGCGUGUUCCCGGACGGGAUCCGCGUGCGCGCCACGGCCGCGCACGCCUCCGCCUACCGCGUCGUGUACAACCUACUCGCGUCUUGCUGGGAUGCGCGCCAUGUUACGGCGGCCGAGGCCGAGGCCGCGACGUUCCGCACGUUCCGGUCGUUCGACUGGAUCCCCGACCCCGACCUCAUCGUGCUGUGUCUGCCGCUGAAGAAGGAGCAGGCCGCGUGGAUACCGGCGGCGAACGCCGUGAGCCUUGACCGCGGCCCGGCGCGCCACGUCGGCAUCUUCGUGCCCGACAGCCUGUUAUAUAGGCGGCAGUCCGCUCUUCUCGGAGCCGCGCAGCAGGGGGGCGAGGCGUAUCCCAGCUUGGAGGACACGCGGCGGCACAUGCGGCACGCUUCCAUGAUUCUCGAGUGCCUGCGCGAGGAUGCUGGCGGCGGUAGUAGCGAGACAGGCGGCGGUGGUGGCGAGACAAGCGGCGGGGAUGCUGGCGGCGGUGGUGGCGAGACAAGCGGCGGCGGCGGCGGCGGCGGCAUCAAGAGCGUGGACGUAAUCCUCGAGGGGAUCACGGGCGGGAUCGAGGAUAAUACGGACCUUACCCGUGUUCCGAGCGGGUCGGCCCUGCGAAUGCUUCAGACUUCGUGCAGACUGGCGUGGAGGCACGAGUCGGACGGCGAGAACGAAACCGCGACGCGGCAACGCUUCUUCUGGGGUGGCAUAGCAGUGUAUCUGGACCCGCACAGCAACCAGCGGCAAGUUUGGUGGCUUGGCAAGUCUGGACUGGAGGCGCUCGCGCAGCCGGCCACCGAAGACGCUCCACACACGCUGCCCAGCCUCUACCCCAUCAUCCAGGUUGGCUGGUGGCUCCACCAUGAGUGUCUACGGCGCCACUGGCCUGAACUCAAACGUUGCGGUCUGCUGGGGGUUGUGGAUUUCGCGGCGGUUUGA